AUGGCUUGUCGCCCUACAACCGGGGAGCUGUUGUUCCAGAAGUUAUCAAACAUGGAGUCGCAAAUCAACAAAAUCAGUCAGACUCCCAAAGAAGUGGAACAUGGAAAAGACACAGGUGCGGAUGAGGGAUAUAAGGGAGGGAAUGACGUGUAUACAGACGACAAGGUGAAUAAAUUACUUGAGAGGGUGAACAACCUGGAAGCAAGGCUCAGCUCUAUUGAUGAUGCCCUUGACGAAUUGAUGUUACUUCCUAGAAGGGUGGACAGCUAUUCGAAGUGGUUGCAUGACCUUGCGAGAACAUUUAAUGAGGAAAAUGAGCGGAUAAAUACUAUAAGUUCGGGUGUGGAUGAUGCCUGUCGGAGAUUCCAUCAUCUGCUUGCGCGUCUAUCGAGACACCGUGAUUCUGAUGACUUGAUGGGUUUCUAUGAUAGUGAAGGAGAAGGCAUGGGCGUUGCCAUCAGCAGCUGA